UGGACGUUCUAAAAAUAGCGGAAGUGAGUCGGUAUAUAAAACUUUCGACGGCCAUUUUUUGGUAGUGUUUAUGAAGAAGAGGUGGAGUGAAAUUCUUAGUGUUUAGUGAUUUAUAUAAACAAUUAGACAUUAUAGUAUCUAAAAAUGCAGGCUAUAAAAUGUGUAGUGGUUGGUGAUGGUGCUGUUGGUAAAACCUGUUUACUGAUCAGUUACACAACAAAUGCUUUCCCAGGAGAAUAUAUUCCUACAGUAUUUGAUAAUUAUUCUGCAAAUGUUAUGGUAGAUGGUAAGCCAAUUAAUUUAGGAUUAUGGGAUACAGCUGGACAGGAAGAUUAUGACAGGUUACGUCCCUUGUCAUAUCCACAAACUGAUGUGUUCCUUAUAUGUUUCUCUCUGAUAAGUCCAGCCAGUUUUGAAAAUGUUAGAGCAAAGUGGUAUCCAGAAAUCCUUCACCACUGUCCAGAUACACCUAUUAUUCUUAUUGGCACAAAGUUGGACCUGCGCGAUGACAAAGAAAUGUUGGAGUCGCUCAAAGCCAAGCAUCUGUCGCCGAUAACUGCACCACAAGGCAUGGCACUGGCCAAGGAUAUUAAAGCAGUAAAGUAUAUGGAAUGCUCUGCGAUGACGAUGAAAGGCCUGAAACCUAUAUUCGACGAGUCUAUCCGAGCUGCUUUAAACCCACCACCUGCUCGUCUGAGAAAGAAAAAGAAUUGCAGACUUAUAUGACAUUUUUGUGUUUUAUUCCUUAUUGUUUUCAUAUUUAAGUGGUGAUAUCUUUUAGAAUAUUUUCCUUAUCAACUGUUAUUUUUCAUCGAAAAUAUUUAAUGUAAUAUUAUUACCUUAAAUGAGAGGACAAGAUCUUUUCUUUUAAGUUGUUUUAGGCAGUUUUAAACUUUUGUUAACUGUUAUUUCGAAAAUAGACGUGCUGCUUACUGUUAUUGACUAAUUUACUGUUUUCAGCAAAAUUAAAAAAAAAUGUUAACCUGUUAAUGGACCCCACCUUCCCCCUUAAAUAAUAUUAAAUAUAAACGUUAAAUAAUUUGAUAAUUGAUAACUGAUUAAAUAAUACAGCUUUGUUUAUCUUUUUGACUUGUGAAAAUCGGGUUUUUGUUUCAGAAAUUCCCUGAUUUUCAAGUUAUAACGAAAAUAAUGUGCGAUUUGACAAUUGACGAAACAGAAAAAUUAAAAAUACCGUUUUAAUUGAGCAAUGGUGGAUCCAGUAUUUGAAACAUAUGUGGAUAUAAACACAAGUAUAAGUGACGAGAGUGUAUUCAGUUUAUAACAUAUAUUUUUUUUCCAUUCUCGUCUCGUACCUGUGGGUAUGAACCACAGAGAGAUACAAAAUAUGCCAAUGAAUUCGUGAGUAAAAUGUUACUUUGCCAUGUGCAUUGAGGACAAAUAACACAAGCUAAACUUACAAUUCUCAGAUUUUCUCUUUGGAAUUAAAAUUCAAGAUGUCUUUGAGCUGAACAUUUGAACAUUCGUACAAAUGAAACUGGAUCAUUAUUUAAUUUUGAGGAUACUUGCUGGAACCACUACAAUUUGAGAGGUUUUUUUUUAAAGAUACGUACAGAUCAGCUAUGCAUGUUUCUGAAAUCGAGAGUCCCGGGAGUUGAUCGGCUACAUCUUCACUCUACCCGACUGUGAAAACCAUUCUCAGUCAGGUAGCUUGAGAUGGAGUAUAAUUAUGAGGAGUUUACUUCCGCUUUUUAAACUAUUUUUUUUUCUACUGGGGAGUAAAAUGUGCUAAACUCCAGAAUUAAAAAAUAAAUUAUCAGAAAAUUUCUGAUAUUAUACUUUCUUUUUAUCAUCUUUCAGAUCUUGAAAACUUCCAUCUCGUAUGUUGAAAUAAUGAUUAUGGUGUCACUAAAUGUUGCAUUAAAGGCAUUAGUGAAAUUUACAAAUUGAGAUGUUUAUUAAUUUAAUUUAUUUCACUAUAUAUCACUUAUAAAAAAAAUUUUUGUAUUAUAUAUUAUCUUUAACCAUUAUGUAUUUAUAUUAUCAUAUGGACAUUAAUAACUGUGUGUAAGCUUGUACCUCUUCAGUCAAAUUGAAGAAAAAAAAUCGUUUUUUCUCUAAUUUUUUUUUGCACUUUUUGUUUUGAUUAUACAUUUAUAUAUAUUAUAAUAAUGACUAAAGGUUGUUCUGUUCUGAGUGUGGUUGAUGACAAUCCAGAUUUUUUUUAAAAAUUUUAUAUCAAUAAAAUCCUUGACUUUUGA